UGAAUUUUAACCAUCUAUGAAACUGGAUUUGCAUGUUAGCUGUGCAGAGGCAUUUUCCAAGCCAGCCCAACUUUGUCUAUUUUACUUCAAUUUCUAUAGAAAUGUCUUUUACAUACUGCUCAACAAUUGUCCAUAUUAGACUUUGGCGAAAUAGAGGACUCUUGGUUUGAAGUUUUUAGUUUGUGAUCAAUUGAAAAUCCCACCUCUAAAAAAGUCACUUAAAAUGUAAGGAGUUUUUUUUUACAGGAAAAAAGAAACUUUUGUGCUUCUAGAAUUUUUUUGUGGGAUGGAGUGGGUCUAGAAAUGUACAAAGGAUAUAUCUUGAUUUUUGAACAUAGGUGACAUGUUACUUACUAAUACAGUGCAUGGUUCCUUUAACUCUCUGAUCACUUUGCAGGGAUACAGCUGGCCAGGAGCGUUUCCACACAAUUACCUCAUCAUAUUACAGAGGAGUAAUAGUGAGGUUAUUCAUAGUUAGGAUGUUGUACAUUGGUACAGUCAUGACAUAUUGACUUAGAGUUGACAACUCAAGACCGAUUACUUCCUCUGACUGACUGAUAAGAGAAAUAAAAUUUUCUUGGCAAUUUCAGAAUGCACUUGAUGUUGAAAUGAUGAUCCUUGGUAACAAGUGUCAUAUGAAUGAUAGAAGAGUUGUUACCAAAGAACGUGGAGAACAGGUGAAUUAAGUGAACAAUUGGUGCAUUGUACGAGGUGCACUUUUUGAUAUACUGCCUCUGUUUCAUAUUAAUGCUGUCAUACCCUUUUUUAUUAACUUUUGAAGAAAGCUCUUAGACAACACUCUGAAGGCCUCUAUUGAAAAUAAAAAACUAUAAUACUAUUGUAUUUGCAUGUUCAGCCUUAACAAGGAAAACUUAUUUAGUCUCCUUUGCUGGAAUGACACGCUGAAAUGUAAAGAGUGUUGACAAAGGCUAGAAGGUUACACUCUAUGUAAUCAAAGAAUCUGGAGAGAAUUAGUAACAUCACUAAAAUAUUUUCAAAUGUUCAAAAAAAUUUUGACUUUGGAAACCAGUGUCCAUUUUUUUAAUCAUGCUGAUCAACAUGGCUGCUUGCUUGUGAUAACACAGUAUAGCCUAUCAUUUUCUUUGAACAUUUAAGGGCUACUCAAAAAGAUGUUCCUGACUUAAACAGUGAUUCAAUAGUGAAAAUGAAAGUGAUAUGUUCUCUGGGGCAUACUUUUCUUUUUAAAGAGUAUUAUAGUAUUUUCGAAAGGUAUUUUUUGGAGAGAGUAUGUCAAUUAGAUGUACUGCUGCAGUAGCACUUGCUGAACAACACCCUUUUGUCAUAGAUUGCCAGAGAACAUGGUAUUCACUUCUUCGAAACAAGCGCCGAAACCAAUGUCAACAUAGAACAGGCAUUCUACACCCUAGCAGAAGAUAUUCUAAAGAAACAAUUGACCAAAGACAAUGAGGAAACUUCCCAAAACAUCUGUGUGAACGAUAUACAAGAGAAAAAGUCUAGCUGCUUUUAAAGAGAGUUUUGACAGCAGCUAUAUUUUUGGUAGACAAUUCACUUAAAAUGUACAGUUAAUUCUUAUGGGGGAUAGUCAGUCCCUGGAACAGAAGUGUAUGUAGUUUCCAUGUGUGAGAUAAAUGGAGAGGAUGGACUUCCCACUUUCCUCACACAGAAAGUUUUAAUUGGUGAUGUAGUGUUUUACAAUCCUCUUCUGAUAUUGGUAGAGAUCGAUCAAUGGGCUACCUGUGAGAAAUUGGUUAAUCUGUGCAUUUAGGGUGGGAGGAAAAGCAGUAGUAAACUUACCUUAAGUUCCAAAAGAUCAAUUCUCUCUAGAGGUUGUCAUACAUUCCUUUUAAUGAGAAUUGCAUGUAAGAGGUACAUUUGGUCAACAUUCAAGUGGCAUAAUUUGUGGUUCUUCUCCAUUUGUUGCAAAAUAGUAGAAAAUACUGUAAUUCAUGUCAAACAUUUUUCGAUUAAGUAAAAUAAAGUGAUUUGGUCUUGAAUGUUAGUCAGUCUUGAAUAACUCAGAUAUUU